GCCUGGAGAAGAACUGCUGAGAACUGCCCAAGACAACCAUGGGACAGCUCUGAAAUAAGGAAGGAUGUGCUGAGCUAUGUCCAAAAGUGUUAUUUCUGCAGCAGGCAUGUCACUGGCAUGACUCCUGUAACCUUCCACAUCUCCGUUGCUUUUCCUCCAGCGAUCCCCUGUGUCGUAUCUCAGUGGAGUGCCUGGAGUGGCUGUGCAGAGCCUUGCAAGACAACCUAUCGCGUCCGGACGAGGCACAUCAUCCAGGAGCCCAGGAACGGGGGAGAAUCAUGUCCUGCUCUGGAGGAGAGGGCUGGCUGCAUGGAGUACUGGAGUCGGCAGGGAACAGAGUGCCAGCAGUCCCUCAUCCCAGCAUUAAUAACUACGGGAGGCUUUGGAAAAGCGAGGAAGAAAAGAGCUGCAGCUGAUGGCAGUGAAAGGGCAGGGUACUGCGUGCAGUUCCGGCUGGUGUCCCUGGCGCCGGGCUGCCGGCACGGCCAGCGCUGGAUGAGCGGGCUCCGGGAGGGGCUGCGGCUCUGCGUGGAGUGCCAGCCCCCAGCCCUGCACCGCCCGGGGCAGCCCUGCCGCGGGGACGGCGCCGCCAGCCCGCAGAAUCAGCUGUUGCACUGGCAGGCGGUGGGGAACCAUCGAUGCAAGGGAACCUGGAGGAGAAUUCGCCGGCUGGACACUUGUUCCUGCCCUUCUGUUCACAGUUUCUUGUUCAUCUGACCUCUCCUGGCAGUCCCUGCAAGCCCCAGUGUGCGGCAGCAGCAGAGCCCCAGCCAGAGCAGGGACUGCUCCGUGUCAGAGACUUUGCUUUCCCUGCCUUUCCAGAGGUGCUGGCUGGACACAGCCACCUGGAAUCCUCUGUGUGUGUGUGUGUGUGUGUGCGCUCCUCAAUUUCCAAGGAAAUCAGGUGGGAACUGCCAAUCUCUUUUUUCCCUGAGAGAAUCUUGUCUGACCUUGAUGACUUCUUGCAAUUACUCCUUUCUUGAAAGGAAUGAGAAUUUACCAAAUAACAAAUCAAACAAAAAAGGCCAUAAGAAAUCAGGUUUAAUUAUUAUUUUUUAAAAGUCUUAAUGAAGAAUCAACAAUGCAAAAUAAAUUAAUCCAAGUGCCUUCUUUUUGUGGCAACAGCGCUUUGUGGAUACUUCCUGCUCUUGCUUGUGAUUCUGUUCCUUCUAUUUUCAUCCUCCCUUGUCUCAUAAUUUCAUUUGGCCCUCAGUCUUAGAGAGGGUUGAUCUUGUGCUGCUGAGGUAAUGACAGAACUUAGAAAUGUGCUUGUCAGAUCUGUGGGAAUAGAGACAAACUGGCCCUUGACUUCAGCUUCAAGGAACAUCUCUGAGUUGGCCCAAAAUGUGAUGCAGUCUCCUGGGGCUCUAAAUAGGAAGUCAGCUCAGCUGUGCCAGGAGGGCUGACUAUAGCCUUGUGUUUUUGACUGGGAAAUACUUGAAAUAGUUUCCUUAUAUUCUGCUUACUAAUAUUAAUACUUUUCUAUAAA